UCCGCGGCGGCGUUACACUCUAGGAUCACGUUGCACGCGCUUAUAUUGGGAGCCCCCGCUCGUUUUCCCGACAGAACGGCUCUCUAACGGCCGCCCAGAACGUGCCGCCAGAAGUAGUCCGUCCGCCGCCGAACCAACAACAAGCCCCCGAAAGCAAACGACAGGAAGAAGAGAAGCGUCUUCCCCUCCCAUCGAAGAAAGAAGUGAGACCUCACGAAGGAGCCCGUGAGUGCCACGGCAUCAGUUUAUCGCGAGUAGAGUCCGGAAGAAGAACCGAAGAUGCCAGCCCCCAAAAAGGGUGCCCCGGAAGAUGAGCCCGAUCCGACCCCGUACCUCUUCGUCUCUCUCGAGCAGAAGAGGAUCGAUCAGUCGAAACCGUACGAUGCGAAGAAGGCGUGUUGGGUGCCCGACGAGAAGGAAGGCUACCUUCUUGGUGAGAUCAAAGCCACCAAGGGUGAUAUUGUGAGCGUCGGCUUACCUGGCGGCGAGACAAAACAGUUCCGUAAGGACCAGCUGUCCCAAGUGAAUCCACCAAAAUUCGAGAAGGCCGAAGACAUGGCCGACCUGACCUAUCUGAACGAAGCGUCGGUGUUGCACAAUCUGAAGCAGCGUUACUACGCCAAACUCAUCUACACUUACUCUGGCCUGUUCUGCGUGGCUAUCAAUCCCUACAAAAGAUUUCCCGUAUACACUGGAAGAUGCGCCAAAUUGUACCGUGGUAAGAGGCGUAGCGAGGUGCCGCCGCACAUUUUCGCCAUCUCUGACGGAGCCUACGUCAACAUGCUCACCAACAGCGAGAACCAAUCUAUGCUUAUCACCGGUGAGUCUGGUGCCGGAAAGACUGAGAACACGAAGAAGGUAAUUGCGUACUUCGCCACUGUCGGUGCCUCGACCAAGAAGGAAAAAGAAGAAUCAAGUCAGAAAAAGGGCUCUCUGGAAGACCAGGUCGUCCAGACUAAUCCCGUAUUGGAGGCCUUUGGUAACGCCAAGACCGUCCGUAACGACAACUCUUCACGCUUCGGUAAAUUCAUCCGUAUUCACUUUGGUCCUUCCGGAAAACUAGCUGGUGCCGACAUCGAAACCUAUCUGCUGGAAAAGGCUCGUGUCAUCUCCCAACAGUCUCUCGAACGUUCUUAUCACAUCUUCUACCAGAUGAUGUCCGGAUCGGUCAAAGGAUUGAAGGAGAUGUGCCUCCUAUCAAACGACGUCACCGAUUACUACUUCGUAUCUCAGGGCAAGACGACGAUCCCGAAUGUCGACGAUGGCGAGGAGUGUCUGCUGACCGACCAAGCCUUCGACGUGUUGGGCUUCACCCAGGAAGAGAAAGAUGACAUCUACAAGAUCACCGCGUCCGUCAUGCAUAUGGGUGGUAUGAAGUUUAAACAAAGGGGUCGUGAAGAACAGGCCGAGGCCGACGGCACUGAGGAAGGUGAGCGCGUGGCCAAACUGCUGGGAACCGACUGUGCCGACCUUUACAAGAACUUGUUGAAGCCAAGGAUCAAGGUCGGUAACGAGUUUGUCACCCAAGGUCGUAACAAGGACCAAGUAGCCUACUCCGUGGGCGCCAUGUCGAAGGCUAUGUUCGACAGGCUGUUCAAGUGGCUGGUGAAGAAAUGUAACGAAACGCUAGACACCAAGCAGAAGAGGCAGCACUUUAUCGGUGUACUAGAUAUCGCCGGUUUCGAGAUCUUCGACUACAACGGCUUUGAGCAACUCUGCAUCAACUUCACCAACGAGAAAUUGCAGCAGUUCUUCAACCACCAUAUGUUUGUCCUCGAGCAAGAAGAGUACAAGAAGGAAGGCAUCGAUUGGGUGUUUAUUGACUUCGGCAUGGACUUGCUAGCUUGUAUCGAGCUGAUCGAGAAGCCUAUGGGUAUCCUCUCUAUCCUUGAGGAAGAGUCUAUGUUCCCUAAAGCUACUGAUAAGACCUUCGAAGAAAAGUUGAACAACAACCAUCUCGGCAAGAGUCCCAACUUCUUGAAGCCCAAGCCACCCAAGCCAGGCCAACAAGCGGCUCACUUUGCUAUCGGCCAUUAUGCUGGCAACGUACCAUAUAACAUCACCGGAUGGCUAGAGAAGAACAAGGAUCCGCUAAACGAUACGGUGGUUGACCAGUUCAAGAAAUCCACAAACAAGCUGCUAAUAGAGAUCUUUGCCGAUCAUCCGGGACAGUCCGGUGAUGCUGGUGGCGGCGGUGGCGGCAAAGGUGGACGUGGCAAAAAAGGCGGUGGCUUCUCAACCGUAUCGUCUUCUUACAAGGAACAGCUCAACAACCUGAUGACCACACUGCGCGCCACUCAACCUCACUUUGUCCGUUGCAUUAUCCCCAACGAGUUGAAGCAACCGGGUGUAAUCGACUCCCACUUGGUUAUGCAUCAGCUCACUUGUAACGGUGUGCUUGAAGGCAUCCGUAUUUGUCGCAAAGGUUUCCCCAACAGGAUGGUUUAUCCCGAUUUCAAACUACGAUACAAAAUUCUGUGCGCCAAUGCCGUCCCAGAACCUUGUGAGCCGCAAAAGGCCACCCAGAUCAUCCUGGACACAAUCAAUCUGGAGAGUGAUCAAUACCGCAUGGGUCACACCAAGGUAUUCUUCCGCGCCGGAGUCUUAGGUCAGAUGGAAGAACUUCGCGACGAACGUCUCGGCAAAAUCGUGUCCUGGAUGCAGGCAUACAUCAGAGGUUACUUGGCGCGUAAGGACUACAAGAAACUCCAAGAACAGCGCCUGGCUCUCGUAGUCGUACAGAGAAACUUGAGAAAAUAUCUCCAACUCCGUACCUGGCCGUGGUGGAAAUUGUGGCAGAAGAUCAAACCUCUGCUAAAUGUCACUCGUGUCGAGGAUGAGAUAGCCGCGUUGGAAGAAAAGGCCAAGAAGGCGCAGGAAGCUUUCGAAAAGGAGGAAAAACUGCGCAAAGAAUUGGAGGAGCAGAACGCUAAGCUCCUGAGCGAGAAGAACAGCCUACAGCGCAUGUUGGAGGGUGAAAAAGGCUCGCUCUCCGAAUUUCAGGAGAAAUCCUUGAAAUUGGCUGCGCAAAAAGCCGAUCUCGAAUCACAACUUCAGGACCUCAACGACAGAUUCAAGGAAGAGGAGGACGCGAGGAACAAUCUCUUCCAGAACAAGAAGAAACUCGAACAGGAAGUGUCCGGCUUGAAAAAAGAUAUCGAGGACCUCGAGCUAAACUUACAGAAGUCCGAGCAGGAUAAAGCAACAAAAGACCAUCAGAUCAGGAACCUCAACGACGAAAUCGCUCAUCAAGAUGAGCUCAUCAAUAAGCUCAACAAAGAGAAGAAAAACCAGGGCGAGGUCAACCAAAAGACUGCCGAAGAACUUCAGGCCGCCGAGGACAAAGUCAAUCAUCUGAACAAAGUCAAACUCAAGCUCGAACAGACGCUCGAUGAACUUGAGGACUCUCUUGAGCGUGAAAAGAAAUCACGUGCCGACGUGGAAAAGGCAAAGAGGAAGGUAGAGGGCGAUCUGAAACUCACACAAGAAGCCGUCGCGGAUCUCGAAAGGAACAAGAAAGAACUCGAACAAACCAUUCAACGUAAAGACAAAGAACUCUCGUCACUGACCGCCAAACUCGAAGAUGAACAAUCCCUUGUUGGUAAACUACAGAAGCAGAUCAAGGAACUGCAAGCUCGCAUCGAAGAACUCGAAGAGGAGAUCGAGGCUGAACGCGGCGGACGUGCCAAAGCUGAGAAGCAGCGCAGCGAUCUCGCUCGCGAGCUCGAGGAACUCGGAGAACGUCUGGAAGAGGCUGGCGGUGCUACUUCCGCUCAGAUCGAGCUGAACAAGAAACGUGAGGCCGAGCUCAGCAAACUUCGCAGAGAUCUCGAGGAGGCCAACAUUCAGCACGAAUCAUCGCUGGCCAGUCUGCGCAAGAAGCACAACGACGCUGUUGCCGAGAUGGGCGAACAGAUCGACACUCUCAACAAACUCAAAGCUAGAGUUGAGAAAGAAAAGGUGCAAUACUACAGCGAGUUGAAUGAAAUGCGCACAACCUGCGACCACCUGAGCAACGAAAAGGCCGCCCAAGAGAAGAUCGUCAAGCAACUACAGCAUCAGCUGAACGAGACCCAGGGCAAGCUCGAGGAAGUAAACCGCACUCUGAACGACUUCGACGCCGCGAAGAAGAAACUGUCGAUUGAGAACAGCGACUUGCUGCGCCAAUUGGAAGAGGCCGAGUCGCAAGUGAGCCAGUUGUCGAAGAUUAAGAUCUCAUUGACCACGCAGCUCGAGGACACGAAGAGACUCGCGGACGAGGAGUCGCGCGAGCGUGCUACUCUUCUUGGCAAAUUCCGCAACCUGGAACACGACUUGGACAACAUCCGCGAACAAGUGGAAGAGGAAGCAGAAGGCAAGGCUGAUCUUCAACGUCAACUUAGCAAGGCCAAUGCCGAAGCGCAACUGUGGCGCACCAAGUACGAGUCCGAGGGCGUCGCCCGGGCUGAAGAGCUCGAAGAGGCAAAGAGGAAACUGCAGGCCAGGCUUGCUGAGGCAGAGGAAACCAUCGAAUCUCUCAACCAAAAGGUUAUCGCCUUGGAAAAGACCAAACAACGCUUGUCUACCGAAGUGGAAGACCUACAGAUCGAAGUGGACCGCGCUACUGCGAUCGCCAAUGCCGCAGAAAAGAAACAGAAAGCCUUCGACAAGAUCAUCGGCGAAUGGAAGCUCAAAGUCGAUGAUCUCGCUGCCGAACUUGACGCCAGCCAAAAGGAAUGCCGCAACUACAGCACCGAACUCUUCAGGCUCAGAGGCGCGUAUGAAGAAGCUCAAGAACAACUGGAGGCGGUACGUCGCGAGAACAAGAAUCUUGCUGACGAGGUCAAGGAUCUGCUGGAUCAAAUCGGCGAAGGUGGUCGCAACAUUCACGAGAUCGAAAAAGCCAGGAAACGUCUGGAAGCUGAGAAGGAUGAACUCCAAGCCGCUCUGGAAGAAGCUGAAGCUGCUCUGGAACAGGAAGAAAACAAGGUGCUGCGCAGCCAGCUCGAGCUCAGCCAGGUCAGACAAGAAAUCGAUCGUCGUAUUCAAGAAAAGGAAGAGGAAUUCGAGAACACCAGAAAGAAUCACCAGCGCGCCCUCGACUCCAUGCAAGCCUCUCUCGAAGCAGAAGCCAAGGGUAAAGCUGAGGCGUUGCGCAUGAAGAAGAAAUUGGAAGCGGACAUUAACGAAUUGGAGAUCGCGCUAGAUCAUGCAAACAAGGCGAACGCCGAGGCGCAGAAGAAUAUAAAGCGAUACCAACAGCAGCUGAAGGAUGUGCAGACCGCGCUGGAGGAAGAACAGAGAGCGCGCGAUGAGGCUCGAGAACUUCUCGGCAUCUCGGAACGCCGUGCCAACGCACUGCAGAACGAGCUCGAGGAGAGCCGUACUCUUCUGGAACAAGCGGACCGUGGUCGCCGUCAAGCCGAACAGGAACUCGCCGACUGCCACGAACAGCUGAACGAAUUGAGCGCUCAGAACGCCUCUCUUUCCGGCGCCAAGAGGAAACUCGAAGCCGAACUGCAGACUCUUCACUCCGAUCUGGACGAACUGCUGAACGAGGCAAAGAAUUCCGAAGAGAAGGCAAAGAAGGCGAUGGUGGACGCGGCCAGAUUGGCGGACGAACUGCGCGCCGAGCAGGAUCACGCUCAGACUCAGGAGAAGUUGCGCAAAGCGCUUGAAACACAGAUCAAGGAGUUGCAGGUGCGCUUAGAUGAGGCCGAGGCGAACGCUCUUAAAGGUGGCAAGAAAGCUAUUCAGAAACUGGAGCAGCGCGUGCGCGAGCUGGAGAAUGAGCUCGACGGCGAGCAAAGGAGACACGCCGACGCUCAGAAGAAUCUACGCAAGUCCGAGCGUCGUAUCAAGGAGUUGAGCUUCCAGGCGGACGAGGACCGCAAGAAUCACGAGCGCAUGCAGGAUUUGGUCGACAAGCUUCAGCAGAAGAUCAAGACGUACAAGAGACAGAUCGAGGAAGCGGAAGAAAUUGCCGCGUUGAAUCUUGCCAAGUUCCGCAAAGCGCAGCAAGAACUUGAAGAAGCCGAAGAAAGGGCGGACCUCGCCGAACAGGCCAUCACCAAGUUCCGCACCAAGGGACGUGGCGGAAGUGCCGCGCGUGGACUUAGCCCAGUGCCACACCGACCUGCGUUAAAACCCCUGUUAGAUGGUUCCGCAUUCCCGCCACGCUUCGACCUGCAGCCCGAUGGUGAAUUUUAAAACUCCUUCCGAGGUUCGCGUAAAUAAUUAAUAAAUCAAUACACAUAACAAAAAAUUAAUAACACAAAAAGAAAUAAAAACAAAAAAAAAUUUCAACAACAAAUUUGAACAUCAUCUAAAGAAUAAGAAGAAAGUGAGGAAAAAAGAUUAUUACCCUCAUUGCGAAUUCAUCGUCGAACAAAGAGACACGAAUACACGCAACCGAACCCGAGAGCUCUCAACGGCAUCGUCAUCUCGCGAUCGAGCGAUCGAUCGGUCAUCGCAUCCGGAAUAAUUUCAUCGCGAAUUCUUGUCACGAAUUUCCUUGAUAUCGAUCUUUUCGAGAGACAAAAGAUGACGCUUGCUCGUAGAGGAAAGGAAGAGAAGAGGUUGAGGAAAGUGUAUGUUUCCUCAUCACUCGAGCUGACGGUCGAAGGAGAGAGAGAGUGGGAGAGAGUGAGAAUGGGAGAGCAAGAAAGAUCGAGCGAGAGAGACACGCGAGCGGACAAUGAGAGGGCGAGAGAGCCAGCGAGAGAAAUAUAUUAAUUAUUCGCACACACGUAUAUAUAAAUAUAUACACACGAAAGAUAAAAGAAAUAAAAAAGAAAGACCGGUAGACACAUAUGUACAUUUAACGUUCUCGCAAAACACACGACAAGAAAAAGAUUACGUAAAACAGAAAAAAAUAAAGAAAAACACUUCGCGAGGAAAACUUUGUCGCCCGAAGCGAUAAAAACGUUCGAUUAACAGCGCGUAUCAUUAUAUAUGCACGUGUCAUCCAGAAGAUAUCGUAUCCUAUAAACUUAAUUGUAAUUUAUAAAGAGAGAGACGACGUAUGUAUUUAUUAAAGUAAAUAAGCAAUAAAUAAUAAGAAUUA